AUGUUUUCAAUUACCACGUUUGCUUUAGUUUUGGUUUGUAUAAGCCAGUUAGCCGAUAUAAGUGCCACAAGAUACGACCCGACUUGGGAGUCGCUAGAUUCGAGGCCGAUUCCUUCGUGGUACGACGAAGCUAAAUUCGGAAUUUUCAUGCACUGGGGAGUUUAUUCCGUUCCAAGUUUCUAUUCAGAAUGGUUUUGGUGGUGCUGGAAAGGUGCACAUACUCAAGAAUGCGUCGACUUCAUGAAGAAAAACUAUCGUCCAGAUUUCUCAUACGCCGAUUUUGGUCCGAUGUUCAAGGCAGAAUUUUUCAAUCCGGAUCAGUGGGCUGACUUAUUAGCUCGUUCUGGCGCAAGGUAUUCUUUUGUACUUUACCUUUUUUUAAAAGGCUUUUUGGGGAUGCUUUUUUAUCCUUGAUUUUAUUUAGAGUAUUAUAGCGAAUCUACCCUAAUUAUGUAACACAAAAGCUAAAACACCUGAAUGUCACAUGACUCGUGACUAGUAAGCGGUGAGGAUCGAGGAUCGGGAAUUGGGGAUCGAGUAUCGGGAUCGAGUAUCGGGAUCGGUAAGAAAAUAAUAAUUACAAAUAAAAUAACCGAUGAAUUGCAGAAAUAAAUAUGUAAAAAAGACACUUCCAUGUUAACUUUUGCGUGUCAUCAUCCCAUCACCUACCUAGAUUAUAGACAAGAACCAUAAGCAGACGUGAGUUGCAUUUUGCCUGUUUUGGGUUUACCGUGCUUUGAAAAUCUUGAAAUUAUUCCUUUUUUGGCGGUUUCGACAAGAAAAUAUUCAGAUGUUGUGUCAGAUCGCCAAGAAGAAGAAUCCCAGGGGCCCCACUCACAUAUUUUAAUGACGGGGGGUUCGACAGAGGUUCAUAUUUUAUACCCAAAAAAAUCCCAACUUCAGAAUUUGUCUACCCAAAAAAAUCCCUCAGUGUUUUUGCAUCAGCAAAUGUUAUUAUUCAUCUUCUGGAAAGCUAGAACAUGCCAACUUCAACUUUGGUUAUGGUCAAAAACAAAACUAAUAUAUAGAUUUAGCCAGGGCUAAAAGCGAGGCUCCCAUUAGUAAAUUUAUAAUUUAAAUUAAACAAUAAACUUGUAUUCGAAUUCCACAAUUCAGUUAACUUUAGAGCACAUUUAUGUGACUUUUGAGGGAAAGGCUACCUGAUUUUAGAGAAAAAUAAUUUGCAAAGAGCCCAAGAGUGAACCAAAUCUUACAUCGAGUUGAUAGCCUCAUAUGUACACUCAAAAACUGGUAAUCAUCUUUUAUCACAUUUAAGAGCCGUAAUGGCUAUUGAUCACCGUAGAUCAAUUAGGCUUAGAAAAAAAAUCAGGCCAACGUUUUGGCGUUCGACAAGUUUACUUUGCAAAAUCUUGCCAACAAAUCUGGGUGCGUGUAAACCAACCUUUUAUACCAUGGACAGAAAGCAGUAUUUCACAAUACAAAUUGCUCUCAUUCAAUAUUCAUAAACUGUUAAAAAUUUUCCAAAAUCACCUAUACGGCCAUCCGGUUCUCACUUUUUGUAAAGCGAGCUGUAGCGAGUGUUUGAAUGAACAUUAACAGAGUUACGCUCCAAGAUAAUAAAGAAUUUAUCAUGUUUAUCUUUUAUUUGAUGGUUUAACGCGCAGCAUUUUGAGAACUCCUGCAAGCGAUGUUCACUGAACGACUGAAAACAAUCGGCAUAGCGAUUAAAAUUGCAAGAGAGACUACCAACAAUCAAUAAAAGAAAUAUAAUUCCAGGGCUCGAAAUUAACUUUUUUGUUCGGGAGCCAGCUGGCGACUAACGGAAAAAUUUUGGUCGCCAGAUCGUAAAUUUUGGUCGCCAACUUAUUUUAUAUAUAACUUACACAAGAACACGAUUUUAUACGUUACUUUGCAUGCAAGAAAAGUCACAACUGAAGAGCGAAAACAAUUAGAAACAACACGAGUAACACUUAGUUAUAAAGCUACCGUUGUUCUCAGGUGAUAUGUCUCUGGUCCGAAGGUGAUGGUUGUCUCCAUAGUCAUUUUAAAUGAAGCGAAGCAUAAAACGUUUUAAGUCCGUGGUUUUCAUUCUGAGACAAACACGGGUCCUUGUGUAUUUGCCCUUUGCUACUUCUACGAAAUGCCGUUCUUUAUUUUCGACUUGCUUUCCUCAACGCCUUUCGCUGCCGACAAACAACGCCAUGCUUGGCCCAGGCCUCUACGCAACCACAUUGCUCGUACCAGUCUCCGACCGGGAGGAAACAAAAAUGGGCUUAGUGCAGUUUUUGGGUCUUCGUUUCCUUUUAGACAGAACGUUUUAGGAAAAUAAAACCUAAAAUGUUGCGGGAGUUACGGAGACACCGUAUCUGCCACCAUUUUUGUUGUUGAAGUGCGCCUGCGAUCCCAGUUUCGGAAGAAGCCGCUGAAACAAUAUGGCGCGCCCUGAACGCAGUAUCGACGUGUCGAUUAUCUUGUAAUAUUCAGACAUUAUUUUACUGGGGACGGAAAGGUGAGUUGUAUACUAGCUACCAUAUCCGAUUGAUUUCCAAAUAUAAAGAUUUAAAAACAAAAGUUGUGUCGUGGUUUUCUUUAGUCAUCGGACAAAACGCGAGUCGCCAGCUGGCGACCAGUUCUGAAAAUUUAGUCGCCAGUGCUCAAUUUUUGGUCGCAUUGGCGACCAGUGAGUCGCAAUUUCGAGCCCUGAAUUCGGUGAAACAUAAACAGAGACAACAAUUUUCAUUCAGGAAGACAAGUAUUAAAGUGUCCCUAAAUAUCCUGAGUCUUCAAGCUUCAAGCUUAAGUUUGCUGAAGUUUAUGUUUUAAGCCAGCUUCCCGGUGUUUGUUUUUUCAAAGACGAACUCGAGGCAAGAAAAUCGCUAAAAGCUUUCUUUUCCGGCUAGAAUUAUAACUAAAGAUUCUUUGGAACAUUUUCUUUCUAUUUGCGGUGAGAAACUGUCUAAAGGCUUUUUAAAGUUCUGUAAGAUUAUAUCAAACCAGAUACUCGGUGAGAUCGUUGUCUCAAAACUUACAAACGCGCACAAACUAAAUUCCCGCAUAAACUACGCUCCACUUCAUUAAAUUAGAUACAAAAAACAAACAUGAAAUACAAUAAUUUCUCUGGCUUACCAUUCGAGAUGCAGCUCCUGAAAGUUAUCAGGUAAAGCCAGUAUCGCUUCAGACUUUGCAAUCCUCUUACGCAUCAAGCAAGGUGAAAAACGAAAAACGAUGCCAUCCGAAAUCGGUUCCGACUUUGACAAGCGACGUUUUCUCAACCAAAAACCCUAUAAACAAACUAGCCAUGAGUAACAGAAGACUCCUGAUAGCAGCUGAAUUUCAUUUUGUACAUCCAGUGGAAAAAGACAGUUAAAAACAUCACAAGUUGACUCAAAACUCUGUCAGCUUCAGCUGUUAAAGUAAACAAGAUUCAAGAUGCUGCAUAAAUUUUGCACAUGAACUCACAUGUCAAAUUUUGACCAAUCAGAGCAUAAAAAUUGGACGUAGAGCGUGACCAACGCGUGACCAUUGUGAGAAAAAAUAAAAGCAACUGUCUUCCCUGCCUGUAACAGCUGGCUGAAUUUUCACGUCCGAGGUCAGUUUGCAAUCAAAAUUUUAAUUGUGCAGCACAUAAACACAACAUAUUUCAUAUGAAUUAAGAAAAAAAAUGAACUUGAGCCUGCGAUCACUUGAAAACUAGUUUACUUGUCAGCGGAUAACUUCAAAAAUACUUGACCUCGACGGUCGACACCUGAGCCCGUGAUACGGUCAAGUGAUACUGGUCAUGGUACUCUGUUUUGACAGCUGUCAAUUGAUCAAAACAUUGAUGUCCAAUAUGUGUGCAUUAUCAGUUUUCCUGUGCUCCCAAACUAGUAAAAGUAUGAGAUUGAACGUUGUUCGCGAUCUAGUAAAACAGUUAACUGGUCAGCGGACAGCUUCCAAAUAAAUCACGUCACCUCGAUGAGUUGACACAUGAGCCCACGAUAUGGUCAUGGGAUACUGGUCAGUGGCUAUCCUGUUUGGACAGCUGUCAAUUGACCAUAUUGUUAAUGUCCUAUAUUAAAGAUGUGGGCUUGCCAAGACACGCCUGAGACACCCCUCCCUUCCUUUUGAUAGUCUCCCCUACCCCACCCAUACAAUCUGUAGACGCGUCCGUACGUACGUACGCUCGGUCAAUCACGUGACAACCAAACGAAAAGAGGUUGACCAUAUUCCAUGGGUAUGGGGCUCUGUCCCACGCGCGCUUCGCGCGCGCGAGAGCCCCGCUAUAAAUUGCGCUUAUGUUAUUUUUGAUUUGAGCUGAUGAAAAAUACAAUACCCCAAAAAAUCCCUCUGUUGUUUUCGCGACCCAAAAAAAUCCUGGCGUCUUUCAUAGACCCAAAAAAAUCCCUUUUGGCCAAAAUGUCAGACCCAAAAAAAUCCUUCGGACCCCCCCGUCAUUAAAAUAUGUGAGUGGGGCCCCUGGGAGAAGAAUGUUCCGCUCAUGAUACGCAUAGCUGGCUGAGAAAUUAUCAGCAGGAAAACGAAGAAGAUGCACUUCAAUGAGCCAUCAAAGUAAGCAAGACACAGUCAAUUUGGGAACAAGCACCUAAGAAGUGUGCUGUGAUGGUGAUAAAAUUACUGUCUUUUUUCUUUCACAAACUCAAAAUCAGAGGUAGAUUUGUGUAAAUCCAUGUUGGUCAUUGUCUGCCAGAUUUUUAGUAUGAAUGAAGGAUAUGUGCUGUUACAAUGAGCUCAUCUUCCCAGUCCUGUUUUUCUUUGGUAUUUCAAGCAUGUAACAUCAUCUUUGUUCUUGGGCCCGAAGAGCCAUUUUAUUUCGAUUUUCUUUUCACAAUUAACCCCAUGCAUCAACCCUGUCAAAGAGCGCAACUGCACCAGGGUAAAUGCAGGAAAUAGUUUUGUCAUCAAAGGCACUGGUGCUGUUAUAUACUACUUUUUCGUUUGGAAUACAAAACGAGUGUUAUAUGUCAUAAUGUAAAUACUCAAAAUGUAAAAAUUGCAAGGGCUGACGGGAAUUGCACACUUAAAAAAUUGAAUGAUGAUAUAGCUUCUAUGUAGCUGUAAGCAGACCAAGAUAAGGAUUGCAGGAGCAUAGCGUCCAUACAUCAGGGCUCAAAGUUAGCGACUAACUGGUCACAUAUGCGACUGGAUUUUUGGUUGUGCGCCUAAAAAUUCAAGUGUAAUUGCACCUUUGCGCCGUAAAACCCAAAGCACAGUGCUACUGACUUACUUCCAACUAUACUUACGAACUCGAACUAGAAAGAUGGUGUAUGUUUAAUUGGUCUUUUCUCCCAGUAGAUUCUGCAAACUUGAAUGUUCUUUUUUGUUUCGAUGUUUUACUCCAUCCCAGACUCUUCUGUUUUGUAAUAAACACCGCUGACACAUGCAAAUAUACCGGUGUGCUACGAAUGAAACACAUACUUUUUGUGCAAUGGACGAUCAUGUCGAACGUUCAGUUUUAACGUCGAUGAAAACGAAAACAGUGCAGAUUAAGAGCCUUUUUUUCCAGGUAAGAAAGUUUUUUAAGUCGUAUUCCAGUUACAUGUAAGUCAUUGUUCAUUUAACAAAUUCAUUAAAGAUUAAUUUUCAUUCUCGUUCAACACACUCAUUGUUGUCAGUUUUGAAUUGUUUUUCAAGUGUAAGUUUUCUUUGGUCACAACUGUACUGUCAAAAAGAGAAAUUAGUAUUAACAAUCACAACAGUAUUACUGCAUAGCAAAUCGGCUGUUUUAUCGAUCACAGGACUGAAGUAAAAGUAACAAACUGAAGAUGACAAAUAAACAUGGCACUGUUAAGCUUUUUACUUUUUCUUUUGAAAUAGAUGCUCCCAACAUUAUGAGCUGUGCUCCUAAAACUUUCAGCUGUGUGCCUAAAAAUUUACAUCUGGUAGCACAAGUGCUCCUAUUAACUCAAAUUUAAACUUUGAGCCCUGUACAUACAUACAUUUACGCCCGUGCAUACAUGUACCGCUGAAAUAUGAAAACAUUAGAUACUUCUGAUUUCCCGAGAAAGCCUUUUUUCAUCAUUAAAUCAGGAUGACUCAUACAUUUUUUGCACUACAGUGUAUAUUGGUGUCUUUGUGUUAGUAUUUCUUUUACCUUUUACUGUUAUUCCAUAAUUCUGAAUGUGUCACUGGCCUUUUUGCCCCGUAAACAGUGUACCUUACCGACAACACAAGAGAUGGGUAAAAUAAACAACUAACUACUGCAUUUUCAGGCAUAUUAAUGUACUGAAAAUGUCCGGCAGAAAACGCUGUAGCCUGCAUAGCAAGCGUUUCCGUUUGGUUUCAGAGCAGAAAAAGACGAAGAAACGGUACCAAAAAAAAGCAGGAAUUAAGGACACUCAACUUGGGUCACACUGCUCUGAUACACUGUACCUGUCUCUCUCUCUUCCAAUGUUGUUUUGUAAUGGGUGUCCAAGUUCGAGGCCAACAAUGAAAGGAACAGGGAAAAGGAGAAUGAGCACAACAUGUCAACAUCAUUCAAUUGACCCAAGUUCUAAUGUCACGGAUUGGAGCUCUUAGAUUAUCCAGGUGAACUUUUUGAUGGGCUUACAGGGACAUUUCUUCUAAUUCCAACAAUGUUCUUUUUUUGUUGUUUGUUUUGUUUUUUCUAGGUAUUUUGUUCUUACCAGUAAACACCAUGAAGGUUGGACAAACUGGAGAUCCAAUGUGACUUGGAAUUGGAACUCUGUAGACAAUGGACCUCACAGAGAUCUUGUGGGUACGAAACACAUUACCAGUACACUGUUUAUUGUGAGAUUUUUAAUUUUUGGCAGAUAAAUUUUUAACAUUAUUGGUGACUUGAAGUUUUGUUCAUCUGACUAUAUUAAAAUGUCAUAGACUUCCAAUAAUUGUUUUGUCUGGCUGCUUAUUGUGCAGCUUAUUUUGAUGUUGAGUGAUAAUAAUAAUAAUGAAUAAUAAUAAUAAUAAUAAUAUGAAAAAAUUUUAUUGACAACAAUGCUAACUAUUAAAAUCCUAUGUACAAUUAAUUCGCUUGAAAAAAAGAAAAGACUAUUCAUUCAAAACACUAUUUACAAUUCCUGUCGAUUUAGAAAGCACUUAAUUUAGCUUAGAAAGAGUUAAUUUACCUACAAAAAAUUUAUUUGAAUAAAAAACAUUUCAUUUCAAUAAAAAAAAACUGUCAGCCUCUAAAAUUCAAAAGUUUCUUUCAACUGUUAAAAAAAUAAAUUAAAUUAAAUAAAAUAAAGACAAUUAAUAAAGCACCUGUAGCUGUUGAGUCUAGGGAAGUCCUGCUUGACCCUUCUCUAUUUCUAGACCCGUGUCCUUAACAUCUAAGUUCCUCCUUCUCGGGAUUCUCGAUCCCCUCAGGCAUAAGAGCGCGCUCUGCAAAAUUGCAAAGGACACUUUCGCCCUGACCCAUGAAAUUGUUGUGGUGUAGCUAUCUUGCUUUUUUGCAGAUAAUAGCCCGGCUAAUCUUGAGUGGUAUCUCAGGCAUUCGUCCGCCAUCCCUCCCGUCAUUGUAAAUACCAGUGGGGUGAUUGUGCCUUGCUUUAUUUCUGUGAUGUGAGAGUUGUGUUUUCGCUUCUUUUCUUUUUCAUGAAUCCUGUAGAUUUGCUUGGGGCUAAGAUCUCUAUGUGAGUCCGCAUUGGGAUAACACACCCUUAUAUGGAAAAAUGCAGCCCUCUGUUGCUCCCAGAAACCCCUACAGUGGAUGCCAAGGCGUGCAUCAGGGGCUUGGUUAGUCCCUCUGGCAAGCUCUUCGCCUGUAGUAGGUUGUAAUGCGGGUUCAACUUGCACAUCGUAACAAACCAUGUCAAGCAGCGCGGCCUGUAGAUCGCGUAUUUCAUUGUGGCACUGAAUGACUAAGCCUCCACGCUGGCAGAUCGUCGCGUGAUCUACUGUAAACAUGCUCCCACAAACGCGUACUCACAGAUUAUCGGGUAUCGGCCAAUCAUAUCGAAGCCUCACAGUAUCACAAAAUUCCCGCUUGUUGAGAUCAAAAUCCAUGUCCUUGAGAGGAAUAACUGUAAGCCAGAUGGAUUCUCCUUUUUCACAGGCCAGGUCCACGGCUCUCUUUGUCUUGUCUGGCAACAUGGCCUUCACCUCCUCAAGCUCUUCUUUUAGCCCAUCAUCCUUUUCUUUCCGGGUGGCGUAUACCAGUCGUUGUACCUCGGCUUCUUCUGGGAUUGCGCCUCUAUUUUGCUUACAAGUGGAGCCUUACCCUAAUAAUAAUAAUAAUAAUAAUAAUAAUAAUAAUAAUAAUAAUAAUAAUAAUGAUAACAAUUUAUUAUAAUGAUACAUGUAUAUUGAUAAUAAUCAUUAUGAGAAUUUUUAUUAUUAUUAUAUUACAUUACAUUCAACGAAGUUCUGUAGUGGAUUUACAUAAUUGCGUUAAGUGUAUGAACAGGGAGAAUAUUUUUUUUAACCAUCAUUUGUUCAACUAGGUGAACUUGCAUCAUCCAUCAGGAAACGCACCAAUGUCACGUUUGGCUUGUACUUUUCAUUGUUUGAGUGGUUUCACCCUCUUUACCUCAAAGACAAAGCCAAUAAAUUUCAAACACAAGAUUAUGUUGAUGUAAGUAAAUGCAUAUCAAACAAAUUUAAUAGUAUUAUCAUCAACAUUACAUUGACACAACUGCAUCCCAUAUAAAGAACUAGUAUAAUUAUUAUGCAUGUACAUGUAUGUAGAUGUUUAGAUGUUGUGGUUCAAUUUUUAUCCUUUGGUUCAAAUUUCAUUUUUCUUUGUCUCAAACUGAUUAUCAUUCACUAUCAUAUCCAACCACAUAGGAAAAUAAAAUUUGAACCAAGGAUAACAUUGAAACACAAUGUGGAAUCAUACAUUGUAAAUUAAUUCUGAACACAGCCAUUCAACCCCGCUUUUCAGACACUCGCUUAAUACGAUCACCUCACUAUUAUGGACAGUUUUCUUUGUCCUUGGGGAAAGCCCUUAUAUUUUCUCUUAGGUAUUUCUCUUAUAUACCUGUUUAACAUUAACACCCAUUAAUGUGGACAAAGGACACCUAUUUCUUGCCGAAUCAAUGAAUUCUCAUAGAAAGCCAACCUUGCUAAUGCGGCCACUUCAUGAUCAACUGUGUGCCGUGAUAGACCUGAGUAGUAAUAUAUCAUCAGUAUGGAAUUUCCUGUGCUCUUUUCUCAGAUGCUAUUUCACUGGAAAUUCCGGAAAGCAGUGGUGGUUUGCAAAAUGUUUGCUGUUUCCUCAGGCUCAGACUCAGGUUUUUUUUUUGCAGGACGUCAUGGUGCCUCAAAUCUAUGACCUUGUAAACACCUAUAGACCUGAGUAUAUUUGGUCUGAUGGAGACUGGGAGGCACCUGAUACCUACUGGAAGAGUAAAGAAUUCUUGGCCUGGUUAUACAAUGACAGGUAUGGUGUAUGCACUGUACCACUCAUAUUUCUUUGAAUACUGACCACCCAUGACAUUGGCAAUACUUUGCUCCCCUUUACCUUACCUUCCUUAUUAAGGAAAGCCUCUAAUAAUAAUUUGAGUUGAGUGCCUGUAAAAACUAGAUGGAACAGUAACAUGUACGUGCUUUUGUCCGCUAUAAACAAACCUUUUACCUUUUAACCUUUUAAAGGUAUACCCUCAAUAGACCUUUUCUACUUGUAUGUUUUAUUUUCCUACUUCAGACCAGGGAAAUUGCUUUUUGUCUUUUGAUGAAUUAUGCACACAUAUAUUUAUGUAUAUACACUGUACAUGGAUAGAGAGACUUUUCCCCACCCUACCCCUCAUCCUCCCCCCCCAUGGAAACAUUUUCUAAUGGACCUUUCCUUACCAUUUAUUAUUUCAAAGCUGGAAAUUUUGGUUGGAAAAUCAAUGGUUUGCACCAUUCCACUUCGGAAGCUUCAGAAACUAUGGGCCACAAGGGACUCAAACGCUGUAUUAGUUAUAAAGGUCCAAAUUAUGGGCACUGUUGUGUAAAGAUUCCUGAAAAAAUAUGCUGUGUUUAUACAGCAAUUAUUCACCGAAGUGGAGGUAACUAGUGGUGGUAUUUACCAAGGCUGUGAAGCGGUGAGGUAAACCUCCACCACUAGCCACCUCCACUUCGGUGAAUAAUUGUUUUAGUAUGUACUAAAACAUUGAGAUAAUUGAGCUCAAAAAUGAUGAAUUUUAACUCAUUUACUGUAGCCAAUGAUUACAAUUUUGGCGCCCAAUGACCAAACGGAUGCAGUCAUCGCUUUUUUCUUGCCGACAAAUAAAACUUUUGAAGGCAUUUGUUUACCUCUUGCAUGAAAAUUUCUUCAAAAGGAGUUGUGAAUUCUUUCUUUAUUAAAUUUAGUUUUAAGCUUAUUUAUAAACAAGUCAACUUUAUAAAGUAAUGCAAGACUUAAGCUUAAUUUGCAUUUGUAAACAAAAAUCUUUUUCACUGGUUUUAUGGAUAAAUUCAAGUAAAGAAUACAAAGCUUUACCUGUUAAAAUUUCCAAACCGAACUUAGUCACCUUCUUCGUGCAUUUCGGGAACAGCUUGAUUGAUUAGUUGUGAAAUUUCUUUGUUGGUUACUGCAGCAGACCGGGAAGGCAUUUUGCUCGCGAAUUUGGCGUCGCUCGCUCGGUGGAAUCGCAGGUGUAUCAGUGAAUAGUGCAGGAUAUUCACUGAUUGAGUAGCGAAUCAGAGCGCUCGAAAAACGGUAUCCACUGUUUUAGUCUAUACUAAAAUGGGGAAUCAAUCUUGCAAAUAAAGUUGAUAAUAGAGCCAAAUUUACGUGUUUGUUUGUUUGUUUGUUUUUUUUCUCACACAGCCCUGUGAAAGAUACAGUUGUGGUGAAUGACCGUUGGGGCGCUGGCUGCAUGUGUCACCAUGGUGGCUCAUAUACCUGUUCUGAUCGGUACAACCCAGGUAUUACUAUCCUUCUGCUUUACACAUUCCUACACAAUACAUUUAUUUCCUUCAAAUUACAUUGUGAACAUUUAAGACCUGUCCAUAAGUAUCCUGGUUUUUAUUUUAAAAAAAAAAAAUUUAUAGGUUUUUCUCUAUAAUUUCAGUUCCAAGACAUUAUUUUGCCAGGGUUCGCACAGUCUUGAAGAGUCCUGGAAGUUUUGGGGAAUUUUAAAGUCCUUGAAACGUUCUUGAAUUCCAUUUUAAAGAGUUCUGGAUUCUGAUUUUACAAUGUAAUAACUCACUGAGGGCACCCUGGAAAAGGUGUGCAAAAAUCGGACCAAAAUCGAAACUUGGAAGCAAAGAAUCUUGAAUCGAACCGGUCAUAAUCGCGAUUGAUCUAGAAUUUGAUCUGUUUGAUUAAUCGUUACAUCACUGUUGUCCAAGACAGAAUAUGAAUCAUAGCUCAGAGAAGUAAAAGGUGUUUUACAUCAAGCUUUUUUUGUUGUAUGCAAGAAGUAACUACAGCUGUAUCAACUUGAGACAAGUGAACUGAAAAAUGUAGAGAAGUUGGUGGAGCAAACAGUUUAAGCCUUAAAGUCCUGUUAGAAUGGACUGGGAAUGUGCGUUUUUGUGCAGUCUGUGUGUAGGUGGUCCUUGAAAAGUCCUUAAAAAUGGUUGCAAUUUUUUGUAUAAACCUUUAUGCUAUCAGUGACCUGUUUCCAUUCUGUGCUUUCCAAUGUUUCUUUCAUUAGGUGUCUUGCAGAAACACAAAUGGGAAGAUGCUAUGACAGUUGAUAAGAAAUCGUGGGGCUAUCGCAGAAACACAGUAUUGUCAGAUUUCCUCACCAUGGAUGACUUGACCUCUAUUCUGGCUUCAGCUGUAAGGUGAGAUAAAAUUCCCUGCUUGCCCGCUUUUCCCCUUCCUGCCUUUAUGGUUUGAUAGAAUCUGUUGCCAUACUUCAGUGAAAAUGCGUAGAAGGUACGCAUGUUGUGCAGUUGUAAAACGAAAGCCUGAAAAAUCUGAGGCGAAUGUAACUGUAGUCCCACCUCUGCACUGCCAAAUUUCUGUUCCAUCAGUCUUGUACCUGCUAUUUUGUUUUCCCUUUUUUGUAAUAUUUGUGGUGGAAAAAUGGGCGGCGAAUUGUUUUGUUUUGGGCGAAAGGACCCGAUUCGGAUAAUAGCUGAAAUUCGAUUCGAUUCGAAUAAUAGCUGUAGUCCCACCUCUUCAUUUGUAUCUUGUUUUUUUGCAAUCGAUCUGGUAAUUGCCAUUAAUUUUCCCUUUAAAUUGUGAUAUUUGUGGUGGUAACAUUGGUGGCGAAUUGAAUCACUUUUGGGCGAACGAUCCGAAUUGGGGGCGAAUGUAUCUGUAGUUCCACCUCUGCUGUGCCAAUAGACGUUUUAGCUUGUAAGUUUUGUUUUUCUAUUUCGGACCACGUUAUGGUACCCCAGUGAAAUGUUUUUUUCAAAUAUCGUCUUAUGCACGUGUAUCCAUGUGCCUAUGUAUGCAUAAGGUAAAUUCCCUGGAGAACAUCACGUGGUCUAAAUUGGGAAAACAAAACAUACAAGGUAAAAAGGUGUAUUGUCUAGUGUACCUAUCAGUCUUACAUGUGUUAUUGAUUUCACCCUUUUUUGUAAUAGCUGUGGUGGAAAUUUGCUGAUGAACGUUGGACCGACAUCAGACGGUAGGAUCGACCCUAUUUUUCAAGAACGUCUGGAACAGAUGGGAGAUUGGCUUAAAGUUAACGGCGAGGCCAUAUACGGAACCAAACCCUGGCACACGCAGAAUGACACCUCAACUCCUCAUAUAUGGUAAGUAGUUAUAUGGGCGUGAUAGUAUAGCUCUUUGCCUUUUCAUAAGACGUUCCUUCAGGAGCUAUGUCACGAAAUAUAUCAAAAUUUAAACUGUGGGACCUGCUUCUUAAUUGAGCGAAACAUAAAGAUACACCGCUCAAAACAUUGAAAGACAUUUACAUCAAUUCAGGGAAGCUGAGCUUGUAGAAAUUUCAUUGCUGUCUGGCGUGUGAAUUCACGGCUCAUUACGCAUGCUACAAUGCAGGGAUGAAUCUGAAACGGAUUCAACUUUCGAAUAAUGAUGCAGUUUAAGAGAUUAAGGUCUCCUCAGGUCUGCAAAUUUACUCCAUUAUAGCGGAUGUUGUCCGUCGAGUUGUCUUCUUGGUGUUCUUGCGAUGGUUUUAGACAAUAUUUCGCCGUGAAACGAGUAAAAUCCGCGACAGUUCCGCCAUUUUGUUCAAACUACCAAAACAACUCAACCUCGUCUCCAGGUUAUCUCGGUCAACUGUUCAAUUACCUGUAACCAGGCUGCACUUUUGACGUCAUUUUGACGUCUUCGAUUCAAUAUGACAAAAUUACGAUCUCGACCCCGAGCUCUUCUGCGCAUGUAGAGGAGAGAGAUGAAGAGCGCAUUCCCAAACCCGUAAGCACUGGGGUCGAGAAUGGACAAAAUUCUUUCCAAAUUUGGUCAACAGCAGCUGGUUAUGGUGAAUUAUGCGUCUGGUUUUAGCCGAUCAGAAACGGAGAAAUAUUUUGACUGAAUAUUAAAUCCCUAAUGGAAUCUUCAACUUACUUUUGGGGGGUACAUAUGCACGCUUGACCUGCCUUGACUAUAGAUGGCUAUGAGCGACUCGCUAACGCGUCCAACUGAAACCGUGUUUUCACAGGUAUACCAGCAAACCAGGUCUUACCUACGCUAUUACUCUGGAGUGGCCUACAACAGGCACACUGAAUCUUAGUGUACCCGUUACAACAGCGACUACCACAGUGAAUCUGCUUGGCUUGCCUGAUGUGAAAAUCCCUUGGAAGGCUUUAACUAGUCAUAGUGGAAUUAUGAUUUCUGUACCGCCCCUAACUGUCUCUGAAAUGCCCUGCAAAUGGGCUUGGGUCUUUAAAAUGAGCAAUGUUGAGUGAUGGCUGUUCGCGUUAUUUUUCUCAAUUGUUUCUUUCUAAAUUUGUAAAUUCUAAAAACAUCUGGGCCCUGUUGUUCGAAGGUAGAUUAGAGCCAAGCCGGGUUUCUUUUUCUUUUGCUCUAAAGCAGU